GUUAAUAUUUUUCUUAUCAAAUGGAACUUCUGAAAAAAUUAUAUUUUGGAUAAAGCAAUCAGAAUUAAAUUCUAUAAAUGAUCAAAUAAUUCGUCCUUUAUCAUAUAAUUUUUUCUUAAUUGUACUUUUUAUGGGACAACAUAGUUUGAUGAAAAAGCAAUUCGUUAAAGAUUUGUUUAUAAAAUGGAAUUGUACUGUAAUUGAAAGAACUAUUUAUACAAUUGCUACAUCGGUAGCUCUACUAUUAUUAAUCGAUAAUUGGAAAUUUAUUUAUUUAUAUCCUCUAUGGAGCAUAAAUGCUACUGAUGGUGUACUUUGGUGGGUUUUUAGUUUUACACAUCUCAUAGCUUGGUCUUUUAUUUAUGGUGGAGCUAUUUUAAUGGAUAUACCAGAACUAAUUGGCAUAAAACAGGUAUAUUAUAAUGUGAUGGAUUGGAUGGAUCCACUUUCGUAUAAAUCCAAAUCGUUACAAAAGCUUUAUAGAAAUAUGCGGCAUCCAAGUUUUAUUGGAUUCUUAUUAAUUUUUUGGAUCUGUCCAUUAAUGACGCUCGAUCGAGUAUUACUUUCAAGUUUGCUCAGCAUUUACAUGUAUUCUUCAUGGAAAACAUCUCCUUCCGAUUACGAAUAUCAACAAGAUCAAUUUAUUCGGAAAAAGUAUUCAUUGCAAUAAUAUGUUUGUAAUUGGUGAAUAUGGUUGAAAUGUUUUAUAUCCGCCCACCAAGGCUUGAGGAUGGAAAUUAAUAUACUAAUAGUUCAGUCAAAGAUGUGACAGAUUCAAAAAAUGAAAUAAAUUGCUUACUUUUUCUCAUUUCACCAGAUUUUAGUAAAAAGUGAGCGCUUUAUUUCGUUUUCCUUAAUUAGCCGAUUUUUGUAACAUCUUUUACUGUACUAUGAUACUUUUGGAAAGUAGUAACAUUUUGAGUGAUUUUGAAAAGUUUUGGAUAGUAUUGUCGAAAUAAAGAUUUAUUAAAACAGAUGAAACAUUUAAAAAUUACUUUUUUGUAUGAAAGUUAUUAAAAAAUGAAUCGCUGGACCGAAUACUUCGUUCACGAAACAUUUCCUGUACAUAAAACCCACUUAAGAUUCAUCUAGUACGAUAUGAAGCUUUAUAAUUUCUUUUGAUUUAUAGCACUACUAUAUUGAAUUCUGUAACCUUUUCAAAAAUAUUUCCAAUUAGCAGUUACCCCCCACUCGCUUCGCUGGG